UUCUAGUGGUCAUUUUGUCCAGCAGGAUCAAAAACAGCUGGACUCCAUAUUCAUGCUGUUAGAGGACAACAUCAUCACGUUUGUAAAGAAUGAACUGAAGAAGAUGCACGAGAUUUUGAGUCCAGAUUAUUUAGAGAUGGAAGAAGAUAAUAUGUCGAAGGAUGACAAUAAAAAGCAGAGGAGUAAAAGCAGAGAGGCAUUUGUGACAAUUGUGUUACACUUUUUGAAGAGAAUAAAGCAGGAAGAGCUGGCUGACCGUCUGCAGAGCAAAAUGUUUGCUCCACUUUGUCAAUGUAAACUUAAAUCUACUUUGAACAAAAAGUUCCAGUGUGUGUUUGAGGGGAUCACUAAAGCAGGAAACUCAACACUUCUGAAUCAGAUCUACACAGAGCUCUACAUCACAGAGGGAGGGACUGCAGAGGUCAAUGAUGAACAUGAAGUCAGACAGAUUGAAACAACAUCCAGGAAAGCAGACAAACCAAACACAACAAUCAGACUAGAAGACAUCUUUAAAACUUUACCUGGAAUAGAUGAACCAAUCAGAACAGUGCUGACAAAGGGAGUGGCUGGCAUUGGGAAAACAGUCUUAACACAGAAGUUCACUCUUGACUGGGCUGAAGAAAAAUCCAACCAGGACAUCCAGUUCAUAUUUCCAUUUACUUUCAAGGAGUUGAAUGUGCUGAAAGAGGAAAAGUUCAGCUUGGUGGAACUUGUUCAUCACUUCUUUACUGAAACCAAAGAAGCAGGAAUCUGCAGCUUUGAAGACUUCCAGGUUUUGUUCAUCUUUGAUGGUCUGGAUGAAUGUCGACUUCCUCUGGACUUCCACAAAACUAAAAUACUAACUGACUCCAGAAAAUCCACCUCAGUGGAUGUGCUGCUGACAAACCUCAUCAGGGGGAAUCUGCUUUCCUCUGCUCACAUCUGGAUAACCACGCGACCUGCAGCUGCCAAUCAGAUCCCUCCUGAGUGUGUUGACAUGGUGACAGAGGUCAGAGGGUUCACUGACCCACAGAAGGAGGAGUACUUCAGGAAGAGAUUCAGAGACAAGAAGCAGGCUUCUAGGAUCAUCUCUCACAUCAAGACAUCACGGAGCCUCCACAUCAUGUGCCACAUCCCAGUCUUCUGCUGGAUCAAUGCUACGGUUCUGGAGGAUGUGCUGAAAACAAAAGAACAGAGAGACAUGCCCAAAACCUUGACUGAGUUGUACAUCCACUUCCUGGUGGUUCAGGCCAAAGUGAAGAAGGUCAAGUAUGAUGGAGGAUCUGAGACAGAUCCACACUGGAGUCCAGAGAGCAGGAAGAUGGUUGAGUGUCUAGGAAAACUAGCUUUUGAACAGCUGCAGAAAGGAAACCUGAUCUUCUAUGAAACAGACCUGACAGAGUGUGGCAUCGAUGUCAGAGCAGCAUCAGUGUACUCAGGAGUGUUCACACAGAUCUUUAAAGAGGAGAGAGGACUGUACCAGGACAAGGUGUUCUGCUUUGUCCAUCUGAGCAUUCAGGAGUUUCUGGCUGCUCUUCAUGUCCAUCUGACGUUCUUCAACUUCUGUGUCAAUCUGCUAGAAGGAGAAACCUCUGCAUGGUCUAAAGCAUUUAAUAAACUCAAACUCCAAAACUGUGGUGGACAAUUUCUUCACAAGAGUGCUGUGGACAAGGCCUUAGAGAGUCCAAAUGGACACCUGGAUUUGUUCCUUCGUUUCCUCCUGGGUCUUUCACUGCAGUCCAAUCAAGCCCUUCUACGAGGUCUACUGACACAGACAGGAAUGAGCUCAGAGACCAAUCAACAGACAGUCCAGUACAUCAAGAAAAAGAUCAGUGAGAAUCUGUCUGUAGAGCAAAGCAUCAACCUGUUCCACUGUCUGAAUGAACUACAUGAUCGUGCUCUAGUUGGGGAGCUCCAACAGUCCCUGAGUAUGGGAAGUCUUUCCACAGAGAAACUGUCUCCUGCUCAGUGGUCAGCUCUGGUCUUCAUCUUAUUGACAUCAGAAAAAGAUUUGGAUGUUCUUGAUCUGAAGAAAUAUUCUGCUUCAGAGGAUGCUCUUCUGAGGCUGCUGCCUGUGCUCAAAGCAUCUAAGAAAGCUCUGCUGAAUAACUGUAACUUGACAGAGAGAAGCUGUGAAGCUCUUUCUCUGUCUCUCAAAGUAGAAGGCUGUGAGCUGAGAACGCUGGACCUGAGCAAUAACAAUCUGCAGGAUUCAGGCGUAAAUCUCUUGAUAGCUGGAAUGGAGAGUAUGCACUGUAAAUUAGAGAAACUCAGACUGAGCACUUGUAACCUUUCAGAGAAAAGCUGUGGAACUAUGUCGUCAGUUCUCAGUCUCCAGUUCUCUAGUCUGAGAGAGAUGGACCUGAGCAACAACAACCUGAGGGAUACUGGAGUAAAAGCUUUGUCGGAUGGACUAAGAAGUCCACACUGUAAAUUGGAAACACUCAGAGUGGAGCCUGCUGGAGUCCGAUGGCUGAAACUAGGAAGUCUGAGGAAGUAUUCCUGUCAACUCACAAUCGACACAAACACAGUACACAGAAAACUCAAACUUUCUGACAACAUGAAGGUGAGAAAAGCAAAGGAAGUUCAAUCAUAUCCUGAUCAUCCAGACAGAUUUGAACGGCCUCAGCUGCUGUGUAAAGAUGGUCUGACUGGCUGUUGUUAUUGGGAGGUCGAGUGGAAUGGAAAAGUUGAGAUAUCAGUGAGUUACAGAGGAAUCACAAGGAGACGAGACAAUGACUGUUUGUUUGGAUGGAGUGAUCAGUCCUGGAGUCUGAGCUGCUGUGAUGAUGGCCGCUACUCUGCCUGGCACAAUAAGAAAUCAACAUCCAUCUCCUCCUCCUCCUCCUCUGUCUCUAACAGAGUAGCAGUGUAUGUGGACUGUCCUGCUGGCACUCUGUCCUUCUACAGAGUCUCCUCUGACACUUUGAUCCACCUCCACACCUUCAACACCACAUUCACUGAACCUCUUUAUCCUGGGUUUGGAAUCUGGUCCUCUGGUUCCUCAGUGACUCUGUGUAGUUUAGCAUAA